CGUCCCAUAUCUGAAUAAUGGUUAUUGGGCCGAAAGGUGGGUUGUGGCCACAACAAUUUUCUGCCAUCUACGCAUCAAAGGAGUCACGCUCACGCGCGUUUUCAAUCCGCAACUCUUGAGAAAUCUGAGGGGUUAGAAUGGCGAGUAGCUGGAGAAGAACGGUGGGUAACGUAAGGUCCUUCAUAGGCAAUUCUAUGGGAGGCCUUAGAGGCGGUAGCAACCUUGCUUCUUGGGUUGUCGCCGGAACCCUAGCCUACUUCCUCUGGAUCAAACCCUCCCAAGACCUCAAGCGUCAACAGCAGGAACAGGCUUCUCUCGCCGCCUCCGAUCCGUAUCGCUACGUUGAGACUCGAAAACCCAUUCCCGAUCCUCAAGUAACCGGUUUGGUAUAUGGAAACAAAAACAAGGACAAAGAAAGUAAACCAGAGGAUUAACAUGCAUGUUAGUUGCCUUAGUUGUAUUCACGUUUGCUCCCUUCGUAUGUUAUUAUUUUUUUAGCUUCGAAGAUCAUCGUCCGUAAUAAUCCGUUCUUCAGGAGGCAUGUUAUUGUAUUUAAUAAGUCCUUCUGUUAUUAUUCAUAGAGCAAUGUUAAGGUUGGGUUCAUGAUCACUGUUUGGAUACCUGUUACAUCACAGUUUGUAAAAAUUUUAGAAGAGUUGCAUUAGAAGUUCUGUUGCAUUAGAAGUUCACGAGGGCUUUAGCUAAGAGAGUUUAUGUGCGUGUACUUUUCAAAAUUCUUGAAACCGGCAUCUAAUUAUAAUUAUUCCCCUGGCUCUCUUUCUC